UAUUUUAUAGCGUGACUGGUUGUUGUUUUUUGUCACCAAACAUAAAAAAUGUUCAGCUCUUUUGUAAGAUUCCCACAUCAUAAUUCCAUAAUUCAAAAAUCACGGCAACAUUUUUCACAUUGAAAAUGAAUGGACACGUUCAAUGUCGCCCCCUAUUGGUUGAAAUUCAUUUUUUACAUUUAACAUUCAAUGUAACAUUCUGAGCCACUUACGAAAAUGUGAUUUCGUUCUUUGUCCACUUCAGGCCCUGGAUGGCGUAACGCUUUCUCCUCAGGUUGGUCUUCAACUCGGCACCAAACUUGUCCGGCACACCACAGCGUGCUCUCUUCAUGGCCCUGCGUAUAUUUCACAACCAGUGCAUAAAGGUUCCAGACCAGUUCUCACCCCCCCUCCCCCACCCUCGUGACAGUGUCAGUACCAAAAGACACUCACUUGUUCCAUCCCGACUGAGCCAAUGGAAAGAUGAACUGAUGCAUGCUGGUUGAAGUUGCCAGUGUUCUUCUCAAUGAGAUUCAUCAGAUUCAACAACAAUGGGUUUAUUGAUUCAAGAAUUCAAGUAUAAGGCCCACAGCGACGACGGCAGCAGGUUAGGAUCCUGCCUCUUCGGGAGCCCCUGCAUCCAUGUCGGACUGCCCGGAAGGCUUUCCAGACUCUUUCCCCCCCUGACUGGCAAGAGCGGGAUCAUCACUUGACCCGGGACUGUUGUUGAGGAAGGCUUGGUACUGGUUCCAGAAUCCCGCUGAGCUGGUGGUGGCCGGAAUCGUCAAGGAAGCUACAGGUGCUGCACGGGAAUCCCAGUUUCACCUGACUGAUGGGCAAGAUUCAUAUUUCACUGACUCAUGGGUACACGAGGAAGACUCCAGUUUCACUCCAGACUCACAGUAUGGCACCAUACCUGCGUCACUGUUUGUGAGCCUCCUCCCAUCUCCUGGUCAUGUGACUACACGGUUAAAGCAGACACCGAAGGAAACCCUACAGCUGCCGGGAUUAAGGACCUGUGUCAGCAUAUCGACCACUUGUCGCGUUCUGAUGGCCUCUGUCUGCAAACACCAGCACAACAGGUGAGAAUAUAUGCCCCUCCCACCCCCAUAUGUAUAUGUAGAUACUGUAUAUACUGUACUAUACUACUCAACUGAAAGACUUUGUACUUGGACAUGCAUGAGCUUACUUACAGUAAAUGAGGUUAACAAGCUGUCAAGGAUGAUCUCCUGAUCCCAUCGCAACCUGUCAGGCUUUGUAACACCAAGACCCAAGAACCACGGGAAUCUAACCGUCUCUACAUUGUUAAGUAUUCUAUUGGUAGUAGCCAUGGUAGUAUUCCUGCACUGUCAUUAUUAGGACACCGUGAGGACAUCACUAUGGCGUCUGUGUCGGAAGAACUGACCUGCUCCGUCUGCAGAGAUAUCUUUAGCAAACCCCACCCCCUCCCCUGCGGUCACAGCAUCUGUCCGGCGUGCACCCGCGAGGCCUGGAGCGUCCACGGUGAGGGCAAAGGUCACUUUGCAUGCCCCCAGUGCGUGGAGCAACGCGGCGAAGUGCUGUGCGACUGCUGCUCCCCCGAGGCGGACGAAGGACUGGUCCACGCCGCCGUCAAGACAUGCCUGAGAUGCGAGGUGUCUCUGUGUGCCGAGCACCUCCGGCAUCACCUGGACAGGCCGGCGUUUAGCAGCCAUUUGCUGGUGGAGCCGCUGGGGGACAUUUCCCAGCGGAAGUGUCCCACGCACACGGAAUUGUUCCGCUACUACUGCGCCGACGAGAGGGUUUACAUAUGCGGCGACUGUCUGCUGGAGGGAAGCCAUUCUCAGCAUAAAGUCAAGGGGCUGAGGCAGGUGGAAGAGGAUCUGAAGGAUAUUCUUCAGACGCUGCUUGGAAAGUCGGAAGAGAAGCUAAAAAAUGGAGAGCAAAUUCUCAAAAACUAUGCCAACAUUGAUUCUACCAUUGCUGAUUCUCUGGUGGAGGAAAAUACCCAAGUGAAGCGCCUGGGCUCAGACCUUCAGGUCCAAGUGGAGAAACUGAUGGAGGCGCUAAUAGAGAUCACUAAGAAGGACAGGGAUCAAAUCAUGGAGCGUGUGCAUGAAGACUGCUCCAAAGUGAGGGAGGACCUGAGCCAGACGAUGAACAUCCAGCACUACUUGGCCUCGCUGUUGGAAGAGACGGACCCCUUCCUGCUCAUCUGGGCCUUUCAGUCUGAUGACACAAAGUUACUACCUGACCUAAACAGUCCGCUUUUCACGCCAGAACCAGUCAGUUUGGACAGAAAGCACAUUCUGGAGGACAUGGAGGUCAAAUAUCGAGAGUUUAUCACCGCCACUCUCCGCUGCCUCAGUGAACUCAAGAGGGAGCUGCUAACGAGUCCUCUGACUCUGGACAGCAACACUGCUCAUCCUCUUCUGUGCGUCUCGGAUGACCUGCAGUUGGUCACUAGGCUAAAAGGUCGUCUGCCACUUGCGGUCCACCCUGAACGUUUCGACCACUGGCCGCAGGUUCUCACGGUUCAGAGUUUCACGGCUGGGACUCACUAUUGGGAGAUGGAAGCUGAGGGAUUCUGGGAUAUCGCCGUCUGCUAUCGGAGUAUAGGACGGAAAGGAAAGGAGGGCAAUGCUUUCGGCAACAACACGGUGUCAUGGAGUCUGACCCAGCAACACGACAGGAAGCUGGCCGCUUGGCAUAACCGCAAGAAAACCCGCCUCGCAUACAAAAUGACUGGCAACCGCGUGGCCGUGGCUGUGGACUACAGCGCCGGCACCGUCACUUUCUCUGAAGUAGGACCAUCAGGCAACCUAACCCACGUUCACACUUUCUGGACCACGUUUACUCAGCCAGUGUGCUUGGGCUUUGGACUUUAUAAGUCUGAGCUCAACAGUUGUAUUUCUAUCAUUAAAGUCUAAGGCAAGGACUUGUAAGGACAUGUAUUUAAAGAAAAAAACUGCAUCUAAGCUUUGUGAUAUACAUGAACAAUUUAUAAUUAACGACUUUUUAAACAUGAUGAGAGCCCUCCACACAUAAAAUAACACCCCUGUAGUUACCUUUACACUCCUAUUACCCAAUAUAGUGGACGUAAGAGAAAAUAAAAUAACACAUACCAGUAGCCUGGGGGAUUCUUUCAUUUGAUACACUGACUACACGCUUACGUUUAUGGUGGUUAAUCGGUUCCAGACCCUGGUAGGUCAGUUUCAGUGAAGUAGGAUUCCUGAUUUAUAAAUACGAUAUUUUCAGUUAGAGGAUAGAAAACCUGUUGACCACCUUCUAAAUGUGUUUUUUUUAACAUGAUUAGAGCCCUCUAGACAUAAAAUAACACCCCUAUAGUUACCUCACGAGGGUCGUGGGGGUGCUGGAGCCUAUCCCAGCUGUCUUCAGGAGGCGAGAGGCGGGGUACACCCUGGACUGGUGGCCAGCCAAUCACAGAGCACAUAUAGACAAUCAACCAUUCACACUCACAUUCAUACCUAUGGACAAUUUGGAAUAUUUUUGGAAUGUGGGAGGAAGGAGGAGGAGUACCCGGAGAAAAAUCCACGCAUGCACGGGGAGAACAUGCAAACUCCACACAGAGAUGGCUGAGGGUGGAAUUGAACCCUGGUCUCCUAGCUGUGAGGUCCGCGCGCUAACCACUAACCGUGUGUGGCGUCUAUUAUAAUGCCUUUCUAAUAAAAAAAAAAGAGUAGCGCCAAAUUUAUCUGUGGCGGUCCAAAUGUAUUUAUGGCGGGCUGCCACAUAUAAGGAGCUGUACUGGUGCUUGUAUGAUGUGUUUGUGAGUACCACUGCACCUCCCUGGCCAGGCCGCACAGCUGCAUAUCAAAACAUUACUUCCAUGAUAUUCAUAUACAAUUUAAUGAUUUCAUUCAUCCAUUCACAUUCAUACCUAUGGACAAUUUGGAGUCGCUAAUUAACCUAGCAUGUUUUUGGAAUAUGGGAGGAAUGGGAGUAAAACCGGAGUAAACGGAGAAAACCCACGCAUGCACGGGGAGAACAUGCAAACUCCACACAUAGAUGGCCGAGGGUGGAAUCGAACUCGGGUCUCCUAGCUGUGUGGCCUGCGUGGCCCCAAAAAGGUUUAUUUUGAAUCAAAAUAAUUUAUGUACAAUGUUCAUUCAUGUACAAUUUCAUUGAUUUAUUCAUUUAUUUAAAUAAUUUAUUAUUACUUAUAUUAUUGUUUUCAGUAUAUAUGUUGCUACUAUUUUGGUUCUUGUCUGCCCUUUGGGAAAAAAUUAAUAACAAGUGUAUCUCAGUGUAUCUCAUUCAUAAUUAAUUCAUUUUAUUUCCAGAAUAUGAAAAAGGCCCAAAAAAAAAAAGAAUAAACUACCGAGGUUGGGAUUGAACUCGGGUCUCCUAGCUGUGAGGCCUGCACGCUAAACACUAUACCGCCGUAUCAAUACAUUAUAUAUUGAAAUAAUUAUUAUUCAUUCAU